CUUGUUGAACAAGAGACUUACGGCUCAACAAUUCAUGGCAGGAGACAAAUUGACGGUGGUCGAUCUGUUCUUUGUCCCGUACAUGCACCAUCUGGUUAGAACCGUCUAUCCAACCUUAUUAGACUCUCGGCCUCAUCUGAGUGCAUGGUGGGGAAGAAUAACCAGUCGCGAAUCAUACAAACAUUUAUUCGACGACUCAAAGGGGAACUGAGGACGGUUUACCUAUCGCUACGCGAAAUGCCUUUAUCAUCCUGAUUUGUGGGAUCACAUACCUUCAUAUUCUUUGAGCGUUUAGUGGCGGCAGCGCCUUUCCUUGUCUAUUUACUACUCUUUUGCCUAUUC